AUUGCAGCUGCUCGGCGUCAAACCACGCGCGAACAUGAGGUCCGCGACCGUCGUAUUGUGCGCCGCUUUCGCGCUCUCUGCCCUUGUCGGGGCUGAGGAGUACCAGGCUUCCGUUUACGGAAUGCAAGGUCUCAAAGUCUCGUGCGACAGCGAGGAAAAGCUGAACCUGGUACGUUCGUACGAGAACGAGCCAGGCUUUGACUUCCUGCGCGUAGCACGCGACAACCGUGUCCCCGUCGAGGUCCUCGUCGCUCCUGACCAGCUCCAGCGUUUCAAGCGCGAUCUCCUCGCCAACGCCAUCGACUUCGAGGUCUUCGUCGAGGAUGUCAGCAAGGUCAUCGACGAGGAGUUGGCCCUUCAGAAGCGCGCAAGGAUGAACCGCGCUGGACCCCGCGGUAGCAUCUCCCUCAAGGCCUUCCCCAAAUACGAGGAGAUCGUAGCCUACGUGGACGCCCUGGCCAAGAGCCACAGCGAGAUCGUCGAGGCGUUCAGCAUCGGCAAGAGUUUCGAGGGUCGCGACAUCGUCGGCGUGAAGAUCUCGAGCGGCGGUGCCGGCAGCAAGCCCUCCCUCUUCAUCGACGCAGGCAUCCACGCCCGCGAGUGGAUCGCCCCGUCCUCGGCCGUCUACGCCAUCAAGCAGCUGGUGGAGAACGCCACCAACCACCACAUCUUCGACAACAUCGACAUCUACGUCGUCCCGGUCCUCAACCCCGACGGUUACUCCUACACCCACAAGAGCACCUCUACUCGCAUGUGGAGGAAGACCCGCUCGGUUCACAAGAGCUCCAGCUGCAUCGGAGUCGACGCCAACCGUAACUUCGAGUACGAGUGGAUGACCGUUGGAGCCUCGUCCUCCCCGUGCAGCGACAUUUACGCCGGACCCAAGGCUUUCUCCGAGCCGGAGACCGCCGCCCUGAGGGACUUCAUCCUCGGGCUCAAGAGCGUCAAGGUCUACCUCACCUUCCACUCCUACGGACAGUACCUCCUCCACCCCUGGGGAUUCACCACGGCCCUUCCCAAGAACGAGCCCGUUCUCAGGUGCGCCGCUGAGAAGGCCGAGGCCGAGCUCGCCAAGCUCCGAGGAACCCGCUACCAGAUCGGCAGCUCCACCAACGUCCUCUACGCCGCGGCUGGUGGUAGCGACGACUGGGUUAUGGGAGUAGCCGGCGCCGAGCUCGCCUACACCGUCGAGCUUCCCGGUGGCAUCCACGGUUUCGCCCCGCCGCCCAAGGAAAUCGUCCCCGUAGGCCGCGAGACCUUCGAGGCCAUCAAGGUCUUCGCCAGCUUCGUCGACAACAAGGUCUGCCAGAACGUCGCCUAAACUUUCCACUGCACACAAGCGUCACACACGUCCGUCUGUAUUUAUCGAGGAGCUUACUUUUGAUAAAACGAUGCUUUAACCAAUCACA